AUGACGGGCAUUACUAUCCCAGACGAGGAUGCCGGCCGGCCCUAUGACCAGUUCAUCCUCUUCGGAGACUCCAUCACCGAGAUGUCUUCGGACCAGAGUCUGGGAUUCGCUUUUGGUGCAGGAUUGCAGCAUGCCUACAGCCGCCGGCUGGAUGUGAUUAACCGGGGAUUCGGAGGAUAUACCACCGCCCAUGCCAUCAAAAUCUUCCACAAGAUUUUCCCCUCUCCUCAAACCGCCAAUGUCCGGCUCAUGACCAUUUUCUUUGGCGCAAACGAUGCCUGCGUACCUGUCCACAUUCAGCACGUCCCUCUGGAAACCUACAAAGAGAACCUGCAAAAGCUCAUCCAGCACCCCGCCACCAAGGCCCAGAACCCCUGUAUCAUCAUAAUCACACCCCCGCCCAUCAACGAGUAUCAGCUCGAGGCCUUUGACAUUGCAAAGGAUACUCCUCAUCCCAGCCGCACAGCUCAUACGACCAAGGUCUAUGCCGAAGCUGCCAAGGAGGUUGGGGCCGCGCUGAAUGUGCCUGUGGCGGAUAUUUGGUCCUCGUUUAUGUCUACCGUGGGCUGGAAAGAGGGUCAGCCUCUAAUUGGAUCUCGGGAUGCGCCUGAUAAUGAGAAGUUCGGUAGUUUGUUUACGGAUGGAUUGCACCUGACGGCAGAUGGUUACCGGAUCGUCUAUGAGGAGGUACUUAAGACCAUUCGGGCCAAUUGGCCUGAUCAAGAUCCGGGGGUUCUGCCUAUGGUGUUCCCUCCGUGGGGUGAGGCUCCUCGGUGA